AUGUUCGCCUCGGUGGGCCCUCGGGGCGGCCCGCGCCCACCCGUCGCCCCGGCGAUCCCGGAGCCGGACCUCAGCCAUCUGACGGAGGAGGAGAGGAAGAUCAUCAUGGCUGUGCUGGCUCGGCAGCGGGAGGAGGAGGCGAAGGAGGAGGCCAUGUUAAAAGAAGAGAAGCCAAUCCAAGCAAGAACGGUGAACCUGGUCGGGCAGAAGAAACCUCCACAGCAGAACGACGUCCGAGGCAUCCAGCAGCAGCUGUCCAGCUACAGGGAGACGGUGAUCCGGCAGGCCACGGCGGCUGCGGGCUCGGCCGUUCACCGGGACGAUGCCCCGACCUGCGGAAUCUGCCACAAGACCAAGUUUGCGGACGGCUGCGGGAAUCUGUGCUCGUACUGCCAGACCAAGUUCUGCGCCCGCUGCGGGGGACGAGUCUCCCUGCGGUCCAACACGGAGGACAAAGUGGUGAUCUGGGUGUGCAAUAACUGCCGAAAGCAGCAGGAGCUCCUGACCAAGCCGGGCGAGUGGUUCACCGGUCCGCCCGGGAAGCCCGGCGGCCUCGGCUCGGCCGUCAGCGAGCCCUCUGUGUGCCAAAUGCUCGGGGAUAAAAAGUUCCGAUCUCACUCCCAAGCACCCCCGGGCUCUUCAGCCGCGAUUAAAGAUCCCAACUGGCCCAACGCUCCCGGAACCGCACCCGGCACAGAUGCCCGGUCUCUCAGCGAACCACCACGAGACACGAGAAACGGGAGGGGUCGGGGAGAGCGGCAUCCAGGCCAGCCCAAACUGCAGACCCAGGUCUCCAUGGACCGGGACCUCCGGGGGGAGUCCAGGGAGCGCAGGGAAAACCGGCGGCUGUCAAAGGGACGCUCUCUGGAGCACGAUCCCGUGGGAGGAGGGGCCGGGGUGAGACGGACAGAGGAGGGGGGUUACCACCACAUGGACACAUGAUGCGCUCCACUUCAACAGGGCGCGGCCCUCCUGGAAGGCAUGGCCACCCAAAUGCAGACCCGGCAGCGUGGAGGGGUCCAUCCGGGGGAGUGGAGCGCGGGAAACAACCACUAUUCACAACAAGCCCCUCCCCCUGAGCUCCGAGAGCCUCCCGGUUCGGGCCCUGGCCCGGCCUCAGGUCAGGGACCCAUAGUGAGACGGACCAAACGGGAGAAGGCUGAGAGCAUGCUGCGGAACGAUUCGCUUAGCUCCGACCAGUCGGAGUCCCUGCGGCCGCCGCCGCCACGGCCUUACAAGCCAAAACGAGGGUUGGGGGCCGGAGGGAAGAGGAAAACCAGCGUCAGCAGCUCGGAGGAGGAGGGAGGGACGACGCCUGAGUACAGCAGCUGUGAGGACGCCGAGAUCGAGAGUGUCAGCGAGAGAGGCGACUGGGAGUGCUACCCUCAUGACCCCACCGUUUGGCACCAUCCUGUAACCUGGCAACCAUCCAAGGAGGGGGACCACCUCAUUGGACGAAUCACGCUCAGCAAGAGGAGCGCCACCAUGCCCAAAGAAGCAGGGGCGUUGCUGGGGUUAAAGGUGGUGGGAGGCAGAGUAACGGAGUCAGGGAGAUUAGGUGCCUUCAUCACCAAGGUCAAGAAGGGAAGUCUGGCUGACGUGGUGGGACACCUGAGAGCAGGAGAUGAGGUCUUGCAGUGGAACGGGAAGUUGUUGCCGGGGGCGACUAUGAAGGAAGUUUACAACAUCAUCCUGGAGUCUCAAGCAGAGCCUCAAGUGGAGCUGGUGGUAUCAAGGCCUAUUGGGGUGUAUAGAAAAUAUCAUGAUAUCCCAAGAAUCCCCGACACGUCCCACCCUCCAUUAGAAUCUACAGGUUCCAGUUCUUUUGAAUCCCAGAAGAUGGAGAGACCGUCCUUAAAUGUCCUAUCUCCCUCCAGUCCCGGGAUGCUCCAAGAUGCUCCACAGUUGAUGCCAGGGCAACUCUCAGUGAAGCUGUGGUACGACAAAGUGGGUCACCAGCUAACAGUCAACGUGCUGCAGGCUGUGGAGCUUCCUCUAAGGCCUGACGGGCGGCCCAGGAGUCCUUACAUCAAAAUGUACUUCCUUCCAGAUCGCAGUGACAAGAGCAAACGAAGGACAAAAACGGUGAAGAAGACCUGUGAGCCCAAGUGGAACCAGACGUUCGUCUACACUCACGUCCAUCGCAGGGAUUUUCGUAACCACAUGCUGGAGCUGACUGUGUGGGACCAGCCUAGGUCACCAGAGGAGGACAGCACGUUUAUGGGAGAGAUCCUGAUAGAGCUGGAGACGGCCUUACUGGACGACAAACCUCACUGGUAUCCACUCCAAACCCAUGAUGUCUCAUCCAUACCGCUGCCCCGACCAUCCCCCUACCUGCCCCGACGACACAUAGACGCCCCCGGCAAGAAGCUGCAGCGUUCUCAGCGUGUAACAGAGCCUGAGUUUGAUGAGGGUACAGCAGUAGUAUCUAAAGCCGACGGGCGUGGUAGGGAGAGACAGCGGGAGUCCACAUCCACCCUGGAGGUGCCCGAACAGCAGAGGACGCCUGCCCAUCACAUACGUUCCCGCUCGGUGUCCCCGCACCGAGAGGAGCAGGGGCGCAACCGGUCGCGGCCGCCCAACAUUCCCACCCAGAGGAGUUUGGACGAUGAGCUUCCUCCCACCCGUCGUUCCCGUUCUCCAACCCGCUAUUACGACACAGCCAGAGGUCGCCAUCAGGGGGAAGAGUACGUGGAUGACAGUGAGGUCAUCAUGAUCCACCAAUCAAUGCGAGGCAAAAGUGCUGAGUGUCUGCACACCAGGAGAUCUUCUAGGCACAAUAACACGUUGCCGCCUAAGAUGCCGCUUUUGUUCUGCAGACGGGCAAACAGUGAUCUGCAGCCUUCUCUGGACAGGGUUAGGAGUGCUAGUGCCAACUGUCUGACUCCAGACACUCAUGCCCCCUCACCAGAGACUGAAAGAAAAUCUUUCCAUUCCCUGCCCCGAAGACGUCCGGCAAGUCCCAGGAUUCUUAUCCAACAUGCCUCCCCUGAAGAUGACAGGCAGCCUCGGACCCUGGAAACGCCUGAAUGUCAGACUCUUGGCAGGAAGCUCUCUGACAGUGGCAGGGGCCACCUCCAAGGCAGUGCGUCUCUGUCUUCCUCGGUGACGUCCUCAUCAGGCCGCAAAGUGAGGCAGCUCCCACAGCUUCCCCCCAAGAGCAGCACCGUAGAUCAAGCCCUGGUAGCAGAGGAGCAGGUACGUCAGCUCCAGAUAAGGGUUCGUUCCAACCGGGCGUCAGCUGCCACCACCUCCAGCCAACAGGAACUGGACCGAGCGCUCCAGAGCAAACGAGAGCUCUACAAGGGCCAGAAGAGCAGUGAAAAUGUUUCCCAUAAGUCCUCAGACAGCGAUGUCAGCGACGUGUCAGCCAUCUCUCGAACCAGCAGUGCCUCUCGCAUCAGUAGCACCAGCUACAUGUCCAUCCAGUCGGAGAGACCUCGGGGAUGCUUCAGCCGAGCCAUCCGCGUGUCCGGCCGCCAGAUGAUGAGCACCAGCGUGAGCGGGGAGAUCUACGGCAUGGAGCACGCCGACGGCAGCCAAUCAGACACGGCGCUCGGGAGCCUGGGGAGCGGCAUCAAGAAGCGGCGCUCGAGCCUGAGCCAACGUGUCGUCGCCAUCCUGCCGUCCAGACUGAGCCGGAGCACCUCGCAGCUCAGCCAGACAGAGGCGGCGGGUAAGGCGGCGGAAAGACAGAAAGAGGCGCCAACGGGAAAGAAGGGGGGUAAGGCCGGCAGCAGCACCAUCCAGAGGAGCGUGGAGACCGGCAGGGCGGUGGAGUAUCCCCGAGGAGGAACGGCCAUGAACCGGCAGACCAGCAGAGAAUCCACCGAUGGCAGCAUGAACAGCUACAGCUCUGAGGGGAAUCUGAUCUUCUCAGGAAUGCGGUUAGGCGCCGACAGUCAGUUCAGUGACUUCCUGGACGGAUUAGGUCCUGGUCAGCUGGUGGGCCGGCAAACACUGGCAACACCCGCGAUGGGUGACGUUCAGAUUGGUUUGAUGGAUAAGAAAGGCCAGCUGGAGGUGGAGGUGAUCAGGGCACGUGGCCUUACCCCAAAACCAGGCUCCAAAUCCCUCCCAGCUCCCUACGUGAAGGUGUACCUGCUGGAUAACGGAACAUGUAAAGCCAAAAAGAAAACCAAGAUUGCACGUAAGACCCUGGAGCCGCUCUACCAGCAGCACCUGCUCUUUGAUGAAAGUCCCCAGGGCAAGGUGCUUCAGGUAAUAGUUUGGGGCGACUACGGACGAUUGGACCACAAAUGUUUCAUGGGUGUAGCACAGAUCCUGUUGGAGGACCUGGACCUCUCGAGCACGGUGAUUGGCUGGUACAAACUGUUCCCGCCAUCGUCACUGGUGGACCCUACAUUAGCUCCGCUCACGCGGCUGGCGUCUCAGACGUCACUGGACAGCUCAGGACCGCCGCACGGUGUUCGAUCCUAGUGACCGGAUGGGGACCGCCUACCCCCCCCCCACCGCCCCUUCAAUACCCCCUUAAAACGGCAAAAUAAAUGGACCACACCUACUGGACCACAACUGAGCAGAGGGCGAGGACACGCCCCCGAGGACGGCUACAGGAUGCCCUCGGUCAACCAAUGAAAAGCCAGAGAUGGAGAGACAGGGAAUGAGAGAGAGAACUAGCCAAUCAAAGCUGGAGUCUGACAAUCAUGUCUCACACCUUCCCUCUUCCUACUCCUUAAACUUUGUUGUUUUCAGAGCUUUAGUUUCUUUUUCUCUUCUGGGCUGCAGCAGUGAGAGGUUUCUGUCCAACAUCCUUCACUCUUUUCUUUUUUUUGCGCAGCCCCUAUUAAUGGUCGACCUCAGAUCAAAGUGGAGUCCUCUAACUAUUAGUCCUCCAGCCAGCCAAUCAGAGUAGAGCUUACUGUUAGGUCACAGGGAAACGUGGUGUCAACAAAUGUGCGGGGAGUAAGUAGCAAACUGUCGCAGCCUCACGCAGCUAUGUAGAGGUCGGCUGUCGUCUCUGCGGGUGUUACCGUGCUUACAGUGUCUUAGCCGAGUACGCAGGGGCAUGGGGGUUGGAGGGUGGGGCAGCGGCGUGGCACAGUUCGGGAACCUUUACGGAAAAAAGGGAGGCUGCACAUGCACGUGCACAUUCUUAGCUUUGUUGCGAGAUGUACGAGAAGCACAAGGAAAGCUUGACUCCUUCGUUCAGAUGGAGGCAAAAACUUUUCUGUGUCUGAAGAAGAAGGAAAACGGAGGCCAAAUUAAUUCUUACCUGUUUUUAUUUUUCAUUUUAUUUAUUUGUGUCUUUGUUUGACCCAGAGCUCAGAAUGGCACCACAGGGUGCAGACUCCCUCUGUGUGCGGUUUUCAAGCGGUGGAGUGCCACAGGCCUACGGUGAAAAAAAAUCGAAAUAAAAUAAAAUAAAAGGCCAAGUUGCAUUUGCUCGAAGACCUUGUCACCCCCACCCCCACCCCCAAAAAAACCCGUCUCCUCCCCCUUUCUGACCCCGCCCCCCUCACCCCCAAGUAGGAGGGAGCAGCAUGACUCGGGGACGCCCCGCCCCCGGCCCCAAGCUGCAUGCACGUUUCUUCUUUCGUUCCGUUCGUUCGUUCGUUCUUUUUUGUUCCGUUCUCUACUCUUUUGGUUGAAUUUUUUUUUUUUCCUCUUUUGUAAAAUCGAAAGACGAGACAAAUUAACGAACAAUUCUCAAAAAAACAAAAACCAGAAAAAAAGACUAGACUGUGUGUGUGUUAGUUCCACAUACUUUUAGGCCAGCUUGUAUGUUGCAUGUUCUUGUACAGUUUGCUCGUACUGAAUAUGAAUACAAACCAAGAAAAGCCAAGCCAUCCCCACCCCACCCCCCCCAACAGGAGCGGACCAAUAAAGAGUGGAGGAAGGAAGGGGGAGGGGGGGGGUCAACUCCACCCAGGCCACGCCUACCACUCUGGGUCUAAAUAUCCAUAUUAGGAAGUCUCCAAAAAAAAACUGUCUUUGUUUAAGUUUUUUCUUUGAACCCUUUGGAAACCAGUGCUGUUCUGUAGUACUGAGUAUACUCGAGCCCCCGGUGUAUCUGAGGAUGUAGGCGUCUAAACUGUAGUUUUAGACAGCUGGGGCUAGAGGCAGAGAUAGAGAAUGUUGUGUAUAACAGCUAAAUGUAUAUGAAGUAUCAUUAUGAGUUUGACAGAAAUUAUAAAAAAGAUAUAGAUCUAUGAAUAUAAAAAAAAAAAAAAAGAGUAUCUGACUGUACGCCCGCCACCGACACACACACACAUGCACACCUUGUACAUACGAAUCAGGAUGAGCGGCUUGAACUUAAGUUACGAACAAACAAAACAUCGCUGACACGCGACAUUCCUGGUCUCGUUUGAGGGAGAUUCACCUCCAGCGCUCGGGCCGUUGAGCGGCACCGAGACACGAGGGGGGGCGCUACUAGCAGGCCUUUAUUUUUGUCCCAGUUGCAGAAAACAUGAGCAGAACAAAUUGGAAUAAAGUUUACGUUCGUCCCCUUAAACCUCCUCUUCCCCCCCCCACCCCACCCCCACCGUUUACGACCGUUGGUUUGGACUGGACUUCUGAAGCCAAUGAGAAAUCUGAUUUUGCAGACAUAUUUUGCAGAUUUUUUCUUUUCGUUUUUUCGUUGGAACCCUUUGGCGGUACGGCCGACUGCCCUUUCCUUUGUCAGUAUUACUCCAGGAAUACUGAUUGUUUACAGCCCAUGGCUCCCCACUCCCAAACCACGAUUCUCGACGAAAGACGAAGUAUUCACUACUGCAACAGUUCUUGUUUGUAUAACAGAUGUGGCUCUACUGAUGUGUAUGUUUUAUAUUCAAGAGUUCAUUUUUAUUAUUUACAAAUAAAAGACUGUGUGGAAGAAGA